AUGCGGUCUCUGAACACCGUCACCGAUAAUGACGGUUUGUCUCCAGAUGUGGUAGAGCCCAUUGCCGUGAUUGGUCUUGCUACUCGGUUCCCUCAAGAGGCCACCUCCACCCAAGCCCUGUGGGAGCUUUUGCUACACGCUCGAUCAACUUGGUCGACUAUCCCGAAGGAAAGAUUCAAUGCGGACGCGUUCUUUCAUCCGGAUCCAGAGCAUGGAGGCACAUUUCAUGUGCAAGGAGGCCAUUUCUUCUCUGAGGAUCCUGCUUAUUUUGAUGGAACUUUUUUCAAUAUUACGACAAAUGAACUUAUGACUCUUGACCCCCAGCAGCGCCUGGUCCUGGAAAACGUCUACCAUGCAUUGGAAAACUCCGGAAUUCCAAUGGCUGCCGCUGCUGGCUCCAAUACCUCGGUUUUUGUCAGUGGUUUCAAUCAUGAUUACCUGGGAAUCCUUAAUUCCGAUCCAGAGACCGCCCUCAAGUACAAGCCCACGGGUGUUGUCAAUGCCGUUCUGUCAAACAGAACCAGCUGGUUCUUCGAUUUCAAGGGACCCAGUAUGACCAUCGACACGGCUUGUUCCAGUAGCUUGGUCGCACUGCAUCUGGCUGUGCAGAGUCUCCGGGCCCGAGAAACAAGUAUGGCUCUGGUCAGUGGGGUGAGUAUCCUGGAGAAUCCUGUGGAGACAGUCGGUAUGAGCCAUCACGGUCUACUCGGAACUCAAGGCCGGUGCUUUAGCUUUGACUCCCGUGCGGAGGGCUAUGCUCGUGGGGAAGGAGUGGGGACAGUGGUUCUGAAACUCUUGAGCACUGCCAUUCGAGACGGCGAUACAAUCCGUACCGUGAUCCGAGAAACUGGCGUCAACCAGGAUGGUCGUACGUCGGGACUCACUGUCCCAAGUGCGGAUGCCCAAGAAAGGCUUAUCAGAGAAGUGUACUGGAGAGCUGGCCUUGAUCUGGAACAGACUAGAUUUGUGGAGGCCCAUGGGACGGGAACCAGCAUAGGUGAUCCGAUUGAGGCGGAGGCGCUGGCAAGAGCAUUCAAGUGUCGACGGGAGACGCCCCUGUACGUUGGGACCAUCAAGUCUACCAUUGGACAUCUGGAAGGAGGUUCCGGCGUGGCCAGUCUUAUCAAAUCCAUCCUUAUCCUCGAGUCGGGAAUCAUUCCACCCAACUUCGAUAUCCAGGAGAUCAAUGCCAAAAUCCCUGCGGCCGAAUGGAACAUCGCAUUUCCCAAGGAAAUUAUUCCAUGGCCUUCAAAGGGACUCCGUAGGAUCUCGGUCAAUUCGUUUGGAAUUGGAGGAACCAAUGCCCAUUGCGUCCUUGACGACGCCUUCCACUAUCUUCAAAGUCGCCUCCUUGAUGCUGAGCACAGGACCAAUCCCAAUGUUCCAAAAUCUGUCAGUCUGUCCGUAUCUCAGACCAUGGAUGCCGAGCUUGACAGCAACCCUGAUUCUACGGAUGAGACCGACGGUGGCGUUUCUAUUGAGACACCCGAGUCCUCUGUGGCCGAUGAUUCCUGCUUAUCUGCAGGACUGAAACCAAUCAGCCUAUACCCUGAUUUUCAGGAUGCACCCAAAAUAUUAUUGCUGUCGGCAUUCGAUGAAGGCGGCAUUCGGCGAGCUGCGGAUACACAUUCCCGUUAUCUGAGCCAGAAAAAUAACCAGCCCAGUGACACUGAGCAUCUAUUGGAUGACUUUUCCUUUACACUCACUAAGCGGCGCUCAGCGUUUCCAUGGAAAAGCCUCGUUUUGGCCUCCACAGCCAAAGAGCUCUCAAAAAAACUGGCCGAGGGUAAUUUCUCAAAGCCAAUUCGAUCACUCGAUGUAUCGGAAAUACAUUUCAUUUUUACUGGACAAGGUGCACAAUACGCGGCGAUGGGAAAGGCCCUUCUAAUUUAUCCAGUGUUUCAAAAGUCUCUCGAAGAGGCAUCGGAAUACAUUCGCAGACUAGGAAGUCCCUGGUCACUUAUCGAUGAGUUCCUGGCCGAGGGAGCCCUUUCCAAAGUAGAUCUCCCAGAGAUUGCGCACCCACUGUGUACUGCACUACAAGUGGCACUCGUGGACCUUUUGGCUAGCUGGAAUAUAUUCCCAGUCGGCGUGACAGGCCACUCCUCUGGAGAGAUAGCUGCAGCUUACAGCGCAGGAAAAUUGUCUCGGCAAGGAGCCUGGAAAGCCGCCUACUACCGUGGCUAUGUCUCCUCAAAGCAACUCGCAGCCAACGGCGCGAUGAUGGCCGUGGGUCUGAGUGCUUCAAAGUUGGAAACAUAUAUUGAGUGGAUCCACAAAGAGCUUCACGGCGAGUUAGUAAUUGCCUGUUAUAACAGCCCUAGGAAUAACACCGUCUCCGGAGAUGAGGCGUUGAUCGAUUGCCUCAAGAGACGGCUGGACAGUGACGGCGUUUUCGCGCGGAAGCUAAACGUGAAAAAUGCCUACCAUUCCGCCCACAUGCGAUUCAUUGCUGAAGAAUAUCUCCAAUUGAUGGGAGACUUGUCCUUCGGAAAAGAAUUAGCUGUACCACAUUUGGUCCACAUGUUUUCUACCGUAACUGGAGAAAAAAUUCAGUCAGAGAGUCUCACGGCUCGAUACUGGGUCGACAACAUGGUAUCUCCGGUUCGCUUCACCAGCGGAUUGAAGGCAAUGCUAUCUCAAGUGAUGAGUAGAUCUUCAGAAUCAGAUCUUUCAGAUCUUUCUGGAUCGCUCCCUUUACUUGUGGAGAUUGGGCCUCACUCUACCCUGCAAAGCGCUAUCAAAGAGACACUAGUGCCAAAGGGCACCGACACUGGCCACAGAUAUUUCUCAAUUCUGAAACGAAGUGACCCAAGUCUAAGCAGUUUUCUUAGCACAAUUGGUCUUUUGGCUGCUAACGGCUAUCAGCUAGACUUGCACAAAAUUAACUUUGCAUCUUGUAUAUAUUUGGACAGGCCAGCAAGGCUACUUAUUGACCUACCGCCGUACAGCUUCAACCACACCGAGAGGAACUUGUAUGAGAGUAGACCCAGCAAAAACCUUCGCACGAGAAAUUUUCCGCGUCAUGAUCUCUUUGGUGCCCCUGUUUCUGAUUGGAAUCCAAGAGCUCCAAGAUGGAGACAUUUCAUCCGAUUGAACGAGAACCCUUGGCUGAGAGACCAUAUGAUUACGAAGAACGUUGUUUACCCUGGAGUGGGUUUUCUUGUUAUGGUCAUUGAGGCUACGCGACAAUCAGCUGGAGAAAGUGAAAUCACUGGAAUUCAACUGCGGAAGGUUUCCAUCAACAGAGCCUUGGUGGUUCCAGACACCAAGGAAGGCAUCGAGAUUAGCCUGUCAAUGACCCCUACAGACGGACCAUCCGACUUGAGAACAUGGCGUCGUUUCCAAAUCAGCUCUUUCAAUGAAUCAAGCGAUGAAUGGACUGACCAUUGCAAUGGCUAUGUGGCGGUGGAAUACAAAUCAUCCGCCGACCCGGUUGACAACGGCCGUGAAGCGAGUGCGGAAGACCAAGUUUGGAAGGAGGAAUUCAGAAAAGCACAAAAUCGGUGCUUCAAGUCCAUCACUUUCGAAAAGACAUACGAAGAUCUGCGCGAGAUUGGACUUCAUUUCGGUCCUUUGUUCCGAAACCUUCAUAGCGUGAAGGAUAGUGGAUGCCAACUUGGCUUGAUGACUGGUGUGGUGACAGUUCCCGAAAUUGUUCAAUCAAUGCCAAAGCAAUACAUGCACUCACAUUUAAUCCACCCAGCCACCAUGGAUAGCAUGAUACACAUGAUCAUUGCCGCUAAUAUUGACUUGAUUGGCAAGCCAGUACUUGAUCAUAUUAGGCUGCCCACAUAUAUCCGGGAUAUGUGGGUUUCAUCUGACUUGAACGCUGCACCGUUUCACGACUUCUUUGGGUAUGCAUCAGUAGCCAAUGGUGCAUCUGACAAGUUGCAAGGCCAAAUUCGAAUUAUGGGCCCCCAAGGUCAGCCUUGUAUUCGGAUGGAUGGCAUUGAGCUCACGCCUCUUGAGUCUACACCAAUUGAGAAUGACAAGCGAAAGUUGUGCACCGCUAUUGCAUGGACGCCAGAUUUAUAUUUCCUUGAGUCCACGACAGCAAAUGAGCUUAGCUCAAUUUCAGAGACUGACAACGAGGAAAAUCGGUACUGGGUUGAGCGACUUCAAAUGGCAACUAUGCUUUAUGUUACUGACGCCUUGCUUGAGCUCAAUGGCUUGAAUGUCACGAACCUGGAUCCUCACAUGAAGAGAUUUUAUGAUUGGAUGAUUCGUUGGCAGACCAUGCUUGUGAAUAAUGAUAUCAUCCAUCUUCCAUAUCCUGAGUUCCAAAAAGUGUCUCUAGAUCCAACGUUGAAGCAGACUAUAUAUGAGGAGCUCGAGAGCCAUAGCGCUGAAGGCGCUAUCACAGCCCGGAUGGGUCGCAAUAUUGCCGCUGUCGUUCGGAAAGAGGUUGACCCUUUGACUCUGAUGUUUGGCCAAGACAAUGUGAUGGAGAGGGUUUAUCAAGAGGGACUUCAUCUCUAUAAUCUUCCGAAGUACUUGAAGAGCCACCUAUUUCUUCUUCGUCACCAGCAUUCGGAGUUGAAGAUUCUUGAGAUUGGUGGUGGCACUGGGAGCUUCACGGCGGAGGUCUUCAGUGUGCUUGCACCAGAGGAAGAUGCCACGAGAGCAAACAUCUCAACAUAUACCUUCACCGACAUCUCGCCUGGCUUCUUUGAGAAGGCGAAGCAUAAAUUUCAGGCUUGGGGCGACAUAAUGUCGUUCCAGCCCCUCAACAUCGAGAAAAGUCCAUUUGACCAAGGAUUUGAAGAGGGCUCUUACGAUUUGAUCUUUGCUGGAAAUGUCAUCCACGCAACCAAAAAUUUGGAAACAGCAUUGCGAAACCUCCGAUCCUUACUUCGACCUGGUGGUCAGCUUAUCAUGCAAGAGGGAAUCCGACAGGAUUUUCUGUGGUACCCUCUUGUCUUUGGCCAGCUCCCUGGAUGGUGGCUUGGUGACGAGCCCAUCCGGAAAUGGUGUCCAUACAUCCCGACAUCAGAGUGGAAUACUCUACUCAAUAAGUCCGGAUUCUCCGGUGUGGACAUUGAGUAUCCGAGCUCCACAGAAGAAGAUUUGACUUGGCAAAGUAUCUUAAUAUCUACAGCCGACUUUGUCGAAACGCAAGUUCGACCAAAAGUUUUCAUCCUUACUUCGGAGUCAGCUGCAGAAGAUCCUGUAGCCUCUCAUCUACAAGCUAUGCUAAAAGGCACUUUUCCCAAUGUGUCGUCGAUACAGCUAUCUGAAAUGAAUUCUGUGUUUGGUCCAAAUACUAUUUGCAUUUCCUUGGUUGACCUGCACACAUCAUUUCUAUCGCAGGUCACUGAGUCCCAAUAUAUAGCUGCGAGAAAGUUACUCACAGAAUGUGAAAAUAUCUUGUGGGUUAUACCUGACCCCCGUGACAAACCGUUGUCCAAUACAAGCCUUGGUCUGUUGCGGACGAUGCGCUGGGAAAGAAACUCAGAUGGUUCUAAUAUCGUGACUUUGACGGUUUCGGAAGAUUCUUUGGACGUUUUGACUACAUGUAUUCAUCGGAUUGCUAUUCAUCAAUUCGUGAAGAAAAAUGCCCGUGAACAACAUGCUGAAUACCUUUUGCAGAACAAAAUUAUUCAUGUUGGUCGUCUUCGUGAAUGGAAAGAAGCUGACAACUUCCUUGCUCUUCCUUCAUCAGGACCCGCUCCUGAGCUAGUUUGCCUGGGUGGCGUGAGCCGGCCAAUUGAGUUAAAUUUUUCGACAUCUGAGUCGAAGCCACGUCAAUUAUGCUGGACUCCAGAUCACCAGCAUGACGAGGAGCUUGGACCGUCUGAGGUCGAAGUGGAGAUUCGUGCCAUUGGUCUUGAUUCCGAGUCUGACUUUGCUUUGACGUCAAACGAGGCCUCAGGCUUCGUGAAAGAUGUCGGUCAAGCCGUGAAGGGCUUCGUGUCCGGUGACCAUGUCGUUUUCACAAUAUCGGGGCGAAGUCCUCACUGUUUCCGAACCUUGGCACGGGUGAACCAGUCAUGUGUGGUCAAGAUACCCGGCAAUGUCCCGUUUGAAAUUGCCGCUGGGCUGCCUUCAAUCUAUGCAACCGCAAUUUACGGUCUCACAGAGGUAGCUCGUCUACAUGAGAGCAAUACUGUUUUGAUUCAAAAUGGCGCCACGGCUCUUGGGCAAGCUGUUAUACAAUAUGCACAUUUGCUUGGAGCCUCCAUUUACACCACAGUGUCAACAGCUGAAGAUCGGGACUUCCUCAUUUCUGAGUAUGGCAUUCCAAUAGAACGGAUAUGCUCUAAUAAAGAUCUCGGGUUUUCAAAGGCUGUGAUACGGGCUACCAAUGGCAUUGGCGUUGACGUCGUAUUCAAUACUUUAACUGGCGAGGCUUUGCAAGAGUCUUUGGCUUGUGUUGCUCCUUUUGGUCAUUUCAUCCAUGCAUCGAACGAGACUGCUCGAGUUGAUAACAUUAUUGAUCUAGCCACAAUGCAAAGAUGCGUGACAGUGGCUUAUGUCAAUAUUGAGCAGUUAAUGGCAGGUCGUCCAGAGCUCAUCAGUCGGCUGAUUGGUGAUGCUUUGUACCUGUAUGCCGAUGGCAAAAUCAAUCGAACCCAACCUUUCACCGUCAAAAACUUCGCAGAAAUCACAGAUGAUGUGAAGAGAAACGAGAAGAAAGGAAAGAUUGUCGUUGUUCCCGAACUUUCGGAUAAGAUCCUUGUGCUUCCUGAUAUCAUCGAACCGUACCAAUUCGAUAGCCAGGCUUCUUACCUUCUUGCAGGUGGCCUUGGAGGGUUGGGAAGAAGUUUGGCCCUGUGGAUGGCUUCACGCGGUGCGAAGAAUUUGAUUUUCUUGUCAAGAUCAGGCCGCAUUACAGAUCCUGUGAGGGAAAUGAUUUCCAAUCUGCAAGGACUUGGAUGUCAACUUCACAUCUUCACCUGUGAUGUUGCCGAUGCCGAGCGCCUGAGAUAUAUCAUUGGAAAAUGCUCUGCCUCAUUGCCACCAAUUAAGGGAUGCAUUCAGGGCUCUAUGGUACUGCGGGAUGGUGCUUUUGUAAACAUGUCAUUUGAGGAUUGGCAGACAGCGAUCCGCCCAAAGGUACAAGGUUCCUGGAACCUACAUGAAAUCCUGCCGAUGGACCUAGACUUUUUCGUCAUGCUUUCAUCAGUCGCCGGCAUCUUUGGUAACCGCGGCCAGUCAAAUUAUGCAGCUGGAAAUACUUUCCAAGACGCACUAGCUGCAUACCGUACUGCACGGGGAAUGAAUGCAUCCAGCAUCAACCUUGGCAGCGUAUCCAAUGUAGGAUGGGUUGCAGAGAAUCGAGACUCGAUGCGAAUGAACACAGACACAUUGUUUGAGUUCCUGCGCGAGAAAGAGGUCCACGGAGCAGUUGAAUUCCUCAUCGACCAUCGAUACAAGAAGGAACCUGCACUGGACCUUCUCUCACCAUUUCAGCUGGUGCUUGGACUUCCGACAGCGGAUAUGUGCCGCAAGAACAACAUCCCGACGCCAUCAUAUAUCGACUUUCCUCUUUUCACUCAUAUGCGCACGGCCAAUCUGACGAAGAGCAUGGAAGUAGGUGACCAGAAAAUUGUCAGCAUUGCGACUCGUCUUCAUGCCGCGUCCAAUUCGAUUGAAGCUAUUAAGUUAAUAUCAGAGGGAAUUGUUGAGAGGCUUUCGUCUUUACUUGCAAUUCCAUCUUCUGAAAUCGAUGCCCAGCGAUUCAGCUUCUCUCGUAUUGACUCGCUUGCGUCCAUGGAGUUUGUUUCUUGGAUCGUCAAAAUUCUGAAGGCAGAAGUGUCUUUGAUGGAUGUCAUGGGAGCGCGCAAUGUUCAUGCCCUGAGUGAAAAGAUUGAACAUACAACUCGAUUGACGAGCUAUGCAUAG